CAUAGAAUCGUGGUUUGGCUGUUUCUCCUUACUCGAAAGUGUAUUCCCCCAUUUGACUCUUGUGAGCGUGUCCGCCUUUGUUCCAUUUGAUAUGAGACAGCACGCAAAAACACCAACUUUUAGCUGUUUCUAAAGAGAGCGAGAGAGGCAGAAAAGAGGAAUCUUAGCUGACUCCUGUUUCAAAACUAGUUUCAAAACUACAAACGACCGCUACACGUAAGCGAAGACUCAGUAUCCCUUUAUUUCCGUCCAACAGUCGUCCAAAUUUUUGCAGCGUUGCUCCAAUAAUCCUAAAUUGAGCCUUUUCGGCUUCCGUAGUAGCUCCUCUCGGUCUGAUAGAGAAUUGGGGCGGAGCCAUCUCGGCUUCCGUACUGGCGUAAGUGGACGUGGCCGCCCCUUGCCGGGAAACACCUGAGAAAAACGUUCUUCUGUUAGUUACUUCGGAGCGUUUGCUGUGAUUUUCGCCAUGAGCCGAAACUACAACGAUGAAUUGCAAUAUUUGGAUAAACUGGAUAAGAACUGCUGGCGCAUCAAGAAAGGAUUUGUGCCCAACAUGAACGUGGAGGGUGUGUUUUAUGUGAAUGAUUCAUUGGAGAAGUUGAUGUUUGAAGAACUAAGAAAUGCAUGCCGAGGUGGAGGUGCUGGUGGCUUUCUUCCAGCCAUGAAACAAAUUGGAAAUGUAGCUGCAUUACCUGGUAUUGUUCAUCGAUCUAUUGGACUUCCUGAUGUUCAUUCAGGGUAUGGCUUUGCUAUUGGCAAUAUGGCAGCCUUUGAUAUGAAUGACCCAGAAGCAGUAGUUUCACCAGGAGGUGUAGGGUUUGACAUUAACUGUGGUGUUAGAUUAUUGCGGACCAACCUUGAUGAGUGUGAUGUCCAGCCAGUGAAGGAGCAGCUUGCACAAUCCAUGUUUGACCACAUUCCUGUAGGGGUGGGAUCCAAGGGUGUCAUCCCCAUGAAUGCCAAGGACCUGGAGGAAGCUUUAGAGAUGGGAGUAGACUGGUCCUUACGAGAGGGCUAUGCCUGGGCUGAGGAUAAAGAGCAUUGUGAAGAAUAUGGGAGGAUGUUGCAGGCAGAUCCAAAUAAAGUGUCAGCAAGAGCUAAGAAAAGAGGUUUACCUCAGCUGGGGACUUUGGGAGCAGGAAACCACUAUGCUGAGAUACAAGUUGUGGAUGACAUUUAUAAUGAAUAUGCAGCCCGAAAGAUGGGUAUAGACCAUAAGGGACAAAUAUGUGUGAUGAUCCACAGUGGAAGCAGAGGCCUUGGCCACCAAGUAGCUACAGAUGCCUUAGUAGCUAUGGAAAAAGCAAUGAAACGGGACAAGAUUAUAGUGAAUGACCGCCAGUUGGCAUGUGCUAGGAUAGCUUCUCAGGAGGGCCAAGAUUAUUUGAAAGGGAUGGCAGCAGCUGGAAACUAUGCAUGGGUCAAUCGUUCCUCCAUGACUUUUCUUACUAGACAGGCAUUUGCUAAAGUCUUCAACACCACUCCUGAUGAUCUGGACAUGCAUGUAAUCUACGAUGUGUCUCACAACAUUGCAAAAGUAGAACAGCACGUGGUAGAUGGCAAAGAACGGACCCUGUUGGUGCAUAGGAAAGGAUCAACCAGAGCAUUCCCUCCUCACCACCCUCUUAUAGCUGUCGAUUACCAACUGACCGGCCAGCCAGUAUUGAUUGGUGGAACAAUGGGAACGUGCAGUUACGUCCUUACUGGUACUAAUCAAGGCAUGACUGAAACCUUUGGAACCACCUGCCAUGGAGCAGGCCGUGCAUUGUCCCGUGCCAAAUCACGACGUAACUUGGAUUUCCAGGAUGUGUUGGACAAGUUGGCAGAUAUGGGGAUUGCAAUCCGUGUUGCAUCUCCCAAACUAGUCAUGGAAGAAGCACCUGAAUCUUAUAAGAAUGUGACAGAUGUGGUUAACACCUGCCAUGCAGCUGGCAUCAGCAAGAAAGCGAUUAAACUGAGGCCCAUUGCAGUAAUCAAAGGGUAAAGAAGCCAUUCACAGAAUUUGACAGAACCUCUUCUUACUCAGAUUACUCAUUAAUUAUGUUUCCAUUCAGAUGGAAACUCUGACAAACUGUUUGUUAGAACUCUUGGACUUAAAAAAUGUGGUACAAGAAAGGAUAAAUCAAGAUGUGUUGCUGUUUUGAUUUGAUGGUAAGUUGUGUGAAGCUGACAGUUUCUUUGAGAGAAAGGAGUGAAACAGUUUUUCAGACGAUUAUUUGAUCCUAAUAAACAGUCUGUUCUGACCAGUGCUAAUUUAAUAGCCACCUUUUUUUUCAAGAACAUUGUUUUUGAAGGGGGUUUUCCCCCCUAACUUCAGUUGUUUCUGUCUAAUAAACAUGUAGACUCUUGAGUAAUAAUAUA